GGCGAGCUCGGCGUGGGUGGCAGCGGCAGUCUGUGUCCGGCGGCGAGGGCGGACAGAUACAUAUGAAAUAAGUGAAGAAGGUAAAAUCGGCAUCAAGUUCUUAAAUGGACAGAUUUUACCAGUGAAGGGCUUAUGAUCUUCACAGCAACAAAGAAAUCUCCUUUUACUGAGAGAUCAGCGUAGGCAAACGGAGCGCGAAGGAGACCAGUGUCAUCCGCACUCUCAACGCAGGCGAAUUUUACGAGGAAAGGAAGUGGGAAGAGGACCUAUCGAGUAACCGAAGUUCUGUGUGUUUAGUGUAAAGCAGAAGGUGCUUGUUAAGGGUCACUUUGGCUCGUGGUAACGGAUCUUCCCCGCAGCUUAUCACCCUUGUCACCCUAACACACACCCUGGCGUCUUAUCUCUCCCCGAGUCCUUCCCCUUCUCGCCGCUCCCCUAGUCGCAGGUCGGCACCAGAGACGCGUAGGUCACAGCUAGGCUCUGGUCUGACCCGUGGCUGUCGCGAUUUUCGAGUCAGGAUCUCUCUUAGUGCCGCGUGCUUCGACCUUUAGUGACCUGUGCUGUUGGAGGCUGAUCGUCCAGCUGUGGUGCAAGAGACUAGUUGUUGAUAUGGAAACGACCGUGAACCUGGGAUGACCUCGCGUGAUCCGUUACCCGAUCAGUGACUGAAACGAGAACCACGAGAACCAUAACUGAAGGAGGAUCGCAGGACACCAAUCGUCCAUCGCCUGUGCCCCCCACCCCGAGCCCCCCCACACCCCUUAUCCCACACCCCCUCCCCCUCCUACACGGGCUAGUUAGUGUUUCAGAGUGACUGAUAGAUAUCAAAAAGGAUAAAAUCAAACAAUUCCAAAAGUGGUUGUGAAAGAGCACAUUAAUCAAAAUAGAGAACAAAAUAAAAAAUAAAGGAAAGUUUAAAAAGUGAAUGAAAAGAAGUACAAAAAUAAGAAAUCAAAGGUAACAGAGACGGUAAUCAAAACAAAAGUUCAAGAUGAAUAGUGUACAAAGCGGAGGAGAAGGAAACAAAGGAGGAGGAGAGAAGAAUGAAGAGGAGUUUGCGGUGGCGACGCCCAACCAGAGAAACUGGAAGGGCAUCAUCAUCGCCGUGUUGGUCAUCUGCUUCGUGCUGGGCAUGAUAGUAACGAGCGUGUUACUCCUGACGCCUCCUGACGACGGGCCGAGGGUCAAAGGUCGGAGAUUUGAGUUAGAGGAUAUAUUAGGGAACGAUUUCAAGAUACACGGAUUUAACGGCAGCUGGAUUUCCGACAACGAGCUGGUGUUCAAGGACGCUACCGGAGGGCUGUCCAUCUUCGACGCUGAGAGCCUUACCUCGCGUGUUCUCGUGACCAACAUUACCUUCCGUCAGCUCAACGUGGCCCACUUCAGCGUCUCCCCCGAUCUGCGCUACGUCCUCCUCGCUGAACACGUCGAGAAGCUGUUCCGGUAUUCGUUCAAGGCGAAGUACCACAUCUAUGUCAUCGAAACGCAACACCACUUCCCCCUCACGCCCACGCCGGAGGAUCGUGGCCACCCGCCCUUGGUGCUGGCCAAGUGGGCGCCCGUCGGCUCUGGCCUCGUCAUGGUCAACGAACGCUAUGACAUCCUGUACAAGCGCACAGCCACGUCCAGCGAAGUCCACAGGAUCACGGACUCUGGGCGCCCCGGCAUCGUGUACAACGGAAUUCCCGACUGGGUCUAUGAAGAGGAGAUCCUGGGGACGAAUAGCGCUGUGUGGUUCUCUCCCGACGGCCGCAUGCUUGCCUACGCCUCCAUCAACGAUACGCUGGUCGACAUGGUGCCCAUCCCGCAGUACGGCCCCGAGCUGCAGUACUCGCUGGUGCACUGGCUCAGAUAUCCCAAGCCCGGCCAGGAGAACCCACGAGUGACCUUGUGGGUCGUUGACCUGAGCGACCUAAGGUCAAUCAGGCCGCGUGACCUGAAGCCCCCGAACGUGGUCAAAGACCAGGACCACUACUUCACGGCGGUCACGUGGGUCGACUCCGGCACCGUCAGCGUCGUGUGGAUGAACCGGGCGCAGAACACCUCCGUCAUCACCAUCUGCGCGCAGCCGCUCUACUUCUGCGAGGCGACCCACACGGAGCACUCGAGACACGGCUGGGUGGAGCUGUACGACGCGCCCGUGUUCUCCGAGGACGGCCAGAGCUUCUUGGUGCGACUUCCGGUGCGUGACGGGGAGGAGGGCGAGUUCAAGCACGUCUGUCUGUAUAGCGUGCGCAUGCGUCGGGUUAUUCCUAUGACGCAUGGCCCAUUCGAAGUCACGGAGAUACUUGGGUGGGACCAGAAUUAUAAUUAUAUCUACUACAUGGCAACGAUGGAGGACAAACCGGGCGAGCGUCACCUUUACCGUGUUUCCGACGUCAAUUCCCCCCUCCUGCGCAUCCCCGAGUGCUUGUCGUGCUUGGAGGGCGACAACACCACCGACACGUGCUUGUACAACAGGGCGCACCUCUCCCCGGACUUUGCCUUCUUCGUGUUGGAAUGCCUCGGGCCUGACGUUCCCAGGACCUACCUCUUUUCCACCUGGAGCGGGCAGGUGGGUCUUCGGAGCGAGAUGAUCUACACGCUGGACGACUACAACGAACUCCGAGACCGCGUGGAGGAGAUGGCCAUGCCCCAAGUACAGACUUUCCGCGUCGAGCUGGAGGGCGACAACGCGUACACUUACCACGUACAGCUGUUCCUCCCCCCUGGGCUGAGGGAGGACGAGAUCACCACUUACCCGAUGGUUGUGCACGCGUAUGCCGCCCCGGGCACUCAGGCCGUGACCUCUAAGAUGGUGAUUUCCUGGGGCACUUACCUGGCCUCCAAGAAGGACAUUAUCUACGCCAUGAUCGACGGCCGCGGCUCGGGCUUCCAGGGCGACAAGAUAAAGCAUGAGGUGUACCGCGCCCUUGGAGGCAAGGAGGUGGAUGACCAGCUGGCGGUGGCGCGCUACCUGCGGGACAACCUGCACUUCGUCGACGCCCGCAGGAUCGCCAUCUGGGGCUGGAGCUACGGCGGCUACGUGACCACGAUGGCACUCGCCCGCGACGCCGACGAAGUGUUCACCUGCGGCGUCGCCGUCGCACCCGUCUCGCGCUGGGAGCACUACGACUCGGUGUACACAGAGCGGUACAUGGGAUCGCCGCACGCGUACCCUGGCAGCAACUACAAGGGUUACGAGGCCGCGGACGCCACCAAAAUGGCCGGGAACCUCAAGGACAAGAUGUUCCUCCUCAUACACGGGACGGCUGAUGACAACGUGCACUACCACCACUCCAUGAUGUUGGCAAAGUCCCUGGUGGACGAAGGAGUCCUCUUCCAACAGAUGACGUACGCCGACGAGAACCACGGCCUCGCAGGAGUCAAGGAACACCUGUACAAGACGAUGAACAAAUUCCUCGCCGACUGCUACAGGCCGACGAUCAAGGAGCUCUACGUCCACAUCAAGAAAAAGAAAGACCUCGAGGAAAUCGGAUAUUUGUAAGGAUCGACGGAGUAAGGAAGAGAGUGGCGGAUGGAUUUCCGAAAGAUAAUGGCGCGUUUGUGUGGAUUCGGUUAAAAGGAAAACGAAAGUAGAAUAGUAAAAGCGUAAAGCGGUCCAUGUUGGGAAACAACAUUGGUUCACAAACACGAACUUUCACGCUGAAUUGAGUAUGAAGGAACAACAAAAAACUAUAUAAAUAGAGACAUGAUAAAAAUGACAUGCGAAGAAUAAGAUAGACAAUAGUCCAUGUUUCUGAACAAAAAAAAAAAAUGUUCUCGCACAGUUAUAUCUUCGCUCUCUUUCGGAAAAUAAUGACUGACUUAAGAAAAAGAAAGAAUGAGGUUUGAUGAAGUCGUGUUUUGCCGAAUGUUCGUUACCAGUGGAUCAGAAUGGUCAAGGAGACAAAUAAAAGCAAAACCAAAUAAUAUGGGAUGAAAUAGAAAAAGAUGAAAAUAUAUUUAGAAUCUAAAAGAAAGUUUAUUAGGUUUAAUAAAUUUUAAGAAAUGUACAUAGCUCCUAAAUCGGGCACAAAAUGCGGAAACUCUCCCUCGUCCAGAGUUAAAAAUGAUGACGUCAGAGCACCGUGACGUAUGAUGACAUCAGAGCACCACCGUACCGUACCGAUGACGUCAGAGUACUGUGACGUGGCGAUGACGUCAGAGCACCGUGACGUACUUACGACGUCAUGUCACACUUAUUUUCCUAUAUCCACCACGAUAUCAAAGCUUUGGUCGACGAAAGAGAUUCUACUAUUUUUAAUUCUACCGCUACGUUGCUCGGACGCGCAGCUUUCCAUUGUCCAAUUUAUACAUGUGAAGUGUACCUCCAUGUAGUUGUUAUUCGAGAGUAAGAAUUCCUGAUUAGUGAUGGAUGAACUAACCGGUUUUACGAUUACUAAACAAACACGCACAGAGUGUGAAUGCGUAAGAAUAAUACAAGACAUGAAAACAUACAUUUACAUACAUACAUACAUAAAGUUCAUACAUACAAACAUA